UGAAAAAGUUUGAUGUUUCAGCAUCAAAUGAAACAAGGUAGAUCAUAAAUUUUAUUCCUCACGUGGAUUCUGGAAAUAAGGAAACUCUUAUGUUUAGUGGAGUAAUAUAAGAGCUCACAGUUUUUCCCAAUUGCUAAGACACAUUUCCUGGAAACACAUUUCUGCAAAACACAAAACCUUGUUACUAUACUGUCACUAUACUUACCAGUGUUGUAGUUAAGUCCUGGAGUCGAGUACUACAACACUGCUUGUUGCUAUAUUAAUGAUACAAUAACCCUGAAAUGACUGUAAUCAGGUUUUUUAAGGCACCCUCCAUACAGUAUAUAUUGGAAAUUUUCAACAUACUAUUGUUAUAUAAAUACUGUAUAUUCUAGCAUGUGUGAAAAGAAAACUGACAAAUUUCAAACAGGUCCUGAAUAACUAGGUCUUAUUUAUAGUGUUUAAAGUUUAGUUAAAUAUUUUUUUUUAGUAAAUGUGUCUUAUAGCUUUAGGAAAGAGCUAUAGUUUUCAGGAAAUGUGUAUAAUUGGAAUACAAUAGCUAAUGGCUAUUAAUUAUUUAUUGGCCCAAUGGUGAAAGGUACCCCACAUAGUUCCUGUUGAGGCCCUAAAUCUGCAAGUUAAUGUUACUUUUUUGUUACAUUAGGUAUAUUAGGUAUUAUAAUUUCACUAACAGCAAUAAUAAUAAUAACAAUAGUAAACAAUUAUACAGUAAAUAAUAAAAUAAUAUAAUUAAAUCAUAAUUAUAAUUUAUAAAUAGUUAGUAUAGUGGUUGAGACUAGUGUAUUGGUUCAGGGUUUGUUUAGUAUUUGAUAUUUUUUUUAUUACAGAUAUGUACAAUAAAAAUAGACUAAUUAUUUAAUUAAUACAUGCAUCAUACACACAGAGUAUUACUCAAUAGGCAUCCAUCCAUCUACAUACAAUAUUUCUCUAUGGGUUAAUAAUUUGCAGUCCUUUUGGAAAUGAAUGUGAAACUAACCCAUUUGGCUUCAUUAGACAAGUCUAAAGUCAAAGUUGUAUGUGGUUCCCCCUGAAUUCAUCAAUCUAUAAAAGUUUUACAGAUGAUGGAGAAGUCUGACGAUUCCAGCAGAGGCCCAAGAUUGUGACAUUUGAUAAGUGCCAAUAAGAUUGCAAUUGAAUUGCUUCCCUGUACCAUGACCAAAAACUCUUGACCUGCCCUUACUCACAGACACUCUGUUUGAGUAUAAAAGCAUCUUAUACUGGGAAAUCCACUACUGCAGACUGAGAAGGGACUGCCUAACACCUGAUGUGAAGAUAUGGGAAACCAGGUCACUAAAGAAGACAAAAACUUAAUACUCCACCAGAUUAAGCCGCAUACGCAAUGGGAGAUCAAGAUGAAUCAAUGCCCAUUUUCCAAGCAAGUGAAGAACUAUGAGGAUGGCUCGUGCUAUCAAGACACAUUACAUCACAGAGCUGUCAAGACCCAGACUUGCUUGUCUAAGGUUUGUGAGGGCUCUGUUAUGAUGCCAGAAUCUCUGAUGAGAUGCCCUUCCUCCACCCAACCAGCCUCCAAUGACAUCCUCAUGCAGGCUAUUGAUUUCAUCAAUCAAUAUUACAAGUCUUUUAAAAACCCAAAAAAUGAGGAGCACCUGGCUCGUUUGGAGGAGGUCGCAAAGGAGAUAGAUUCCACUGGAUCAUACAAACUCUCCACAAAGGAACUGGAAUUUGGAGCAAAGCAGGCAUGGAGGAACGCACCAAGAUGCAUUGGCAGAAUUCAGUGGGCUAAUUUGAAGCUUUUUGAUGCACGUGAAUGCAGAACUGCUGAGGAUAUGUUUCAGAUGUUGUGUGGUCAUAUUAAAUUUGCCACCAAUGAGGGCAACCUGAGGUCUGCCAUCACUGUGUUCCCUCAAAGAACUGAUGGCCAACAUGAUUUCCGUGUAUGGAACAAUCAGCUCUUAAAGUACGCUGGCUACAAAAUGGCAGAUGGUACAAUAAUAGGAGAUCCUUCCAGUGUAGACUUUACAGAGAUGUGCAUCCAGCUUGGGUGGACCCCAAAGUAUGGUCUUUUUGAUGUGCUUCCACUUGUGCUACAAGCUAAUGGAGAGGACCCUCAGCUUUUUGAAAUUCCUCAACAUUUGAUUUUGGAAGUUCCCAUUGAGCACCCACAGUAUGAAUGGUUUAGGGAUUUAAACCUCCGAUGGUAUGCAUUGCCUGCGGUGUCCAACAUGUUGCUAGAGAUCGGUGGUCUUGAAUUCACAGCAUGUCCCUUCAAUGGGUGGUACGUGGGCACUGAAAUUGGAGUGAGGGACUUCUGUGAUGCCAAGCGCUACAACAUUCUUGAGCGUGUUGGCCGUAGAAUGGGCUUGGAGACAAAAAAGCUGUCCUCACUUUGGAAGGACCAGGCCCUGGUAGCCAUCAAUGUUGCAGUGAUGCAUAGUUUUCAGAAAAAAAAGGUCACCAUCACUGAUCACCAUUCUGCAUCUGAGUCCUUCAUAAUGCACAUGGAGACAGAAAUGCGUCUGCGUGGUGGUUGUCCAGCCGAUUGGGUUUGGCUGGUGCCGCCAAUGUCUGGCUCUCUCUGCUCUGUGUUCCACCAGGAAAUGCUGAACUACAUCCUUUCACCAUUCUUCUAUUACCAGCCUGACCCAUGGUUGACAUACAAGUGGAAGGACAAGAAAAGAAAAGUGAGGAGUUGUAAAGUUAGCUUCAAAGGCUUGAUAAGUGUUGUGCUCUUCUCUCAAACACUCAUUAAAUCAGCCUUGGCCAAGAGGGUGCGUUGCACCAUACUCUACGCCACAGAAACGGGGAAAUCACAAACCUUUGCUAAGAAACUCAACUCCAUGAUGAACUGUGCCUUCGUCUCUAAGGUUGUCUGCAUGGAGGAAUACAACUUCAGUGAACUUGAAAAGGAACGCCUUCUUAUGGUUGUCACCAGCACCUUUGGCGAUGGAGACUGUCCAGGCAAUGGAGCGAGUUUCAAGAAGCAGCUUCUCAGCCUAGAAACCCUCAGAAACCAAGUCAGAUACUGUGUAUUUGGUCUCGGUUCUCGAAUGUACCCCCACUUCUGUGCAUUCGCUCAUGCAGUGGAUGCAAAGCUUGCAAUGCUGGGAGCCAUUCGUGUGUCCUCCACAGGUGAAGGAGAUGAGCUGAAUGGACAGGAGGAGGCGUUCUCAGCCUGGGCUUGCACUGCCUUUGAGGAUGCAUGCAAGGAGUUUAAAGUUCAAGGACAGCUUCCAGGAACUGAUCGUAUGGUGGACACCUGGAAUCCUGACAAACACAGAGUACAGAAUGACACUUCUACAUUUGACCGAAUCGCAGCUUUGUCAGCUCUUCAUUCUAAAGUUGUGGUUCCCAUGAAGCUAAAGAAAAGACAGAAUCUACAGAGUCCACAAUCAAGUCGUGCCACAAUAUUGGUGGAGCUGGAGAUGGAUGGGAACACAGAACCCUUAAACUUCGCCCCUGGAGACCAUGUGGGGAUUUUCCCUGGGAACUCACCUGAGUUAGUAGCUGGCAUCCUCAGGCAUGUUUCUAAUGCCCCUUCUAUCAAUCAGAGCCUUCGCCUGGAAUUCCUCAGUGAUUCCUACCCUGAUGGUGAAAGGUGGCAGAAAAAUGAACGAAUACCACCAUGUCCUCUUGCCCAAGCUCUUACAUACCUUCUAGAUGUCACCACCCCACCAUCACAAAGUUUCCUCCGCAAGCUGUCAAAAAUGGCAAAGCAGGAAGACCACCGACAGCGCCUGCUAGCAUUAGCUGCGGACUUCCAGGUCUAUUCAACAUGGAAGGACUUCCGCAAACCCACCUUCCUUGAAGUGCUGGAGGAGUUUCCCUCUCUGGAACUUUCUGCAGCAUUUCUUCUCAGCCAUUUGCCUCUGUUGAGGCCACGGCUCUACUCCAUCAGCUCCUCUCCAGAACUCCAUCCUCAGGAGCUUCACCUCACUGUGGCUGUGAUCAGCUAUUACACUCAGGAGGGAAAGGGUCCACUACAUUUUGGUCUCUGCAGUACCUGGCUCAAUACCAUCAAAGAAGGAGAUAUGGUGCCCUGCUUCAUCCAUAGCUCUGAUGGGUUCCAUCUCCCAUCUGACCCCAGUGCUCCUUGUAUUCUUGUGGGAGCUGGGAGCGGUAUUGCUCCUUUCCGCAGCUUCUGGCAACAACAAUUCCAUGACAUGAAAAAAACAGGUCUGAAAGGGAACCCUAUAACACUUGUGUUCGGGUGUCGAGAUUCAGAUACUGAUCAUCUUUACAGAGAAGAGGCUCUGGACAUGAGAGAUAAUGGCACUCUGAACAGUAUCACAACAGCUUACUCUAGGCAGGCUGGUCAACCCAAGGUAUAUGUUCAGGAUAUCUUGCGAGAGCAAUUAAAUUACAAGGUCUAUGAGGUCCUGCACCAGAGUCCAGGUCAUCUGUACAUCUGUGGGGGAAUAAACAUGGCUCGUGAUGUGGCUGCCACCAUUCAGGAAAUCCUGGUCAGCCGGCUGGGCAUCACUUUUACUCAGGCUGAAGAAUAUCUGGCAAGGCUCAAGAAUGAGAAGCGGUACCACGAGGACAUCUUUAGAUCGUAGUGCUGGAGUUCAUCCUUCACCUUUUUACUAUCCAAACAAUAUGUACACAAUAAAAACAGCAAAAAAGGUGAUGGAGAGGAGAGUAAAUAGAAAUUGUAGUUCUUUCAGUUAUUUGAUUUUCUUUUUUCAAAAAACUAGCCAGUAAUAUUGGCAGAAUCAGGGAAACCUCUCAUAACUAAACCUCAGAUACACUUGUAAACAGGGACACACCAGUUCACAUCAGUAAAACACAAUACAGCAUGUUAACAGAUAACUAAUUACACAAUGAAGUCACAGCAAUAUUUACUGAAGAACACAGUCUAGUCAUCAGAAUACAUUUUAGAUAGUACAGUUUUGAUUAAAAACUUUGUAUGUUUUUUCUUGCUUUUUCAUUUUUGUGCUUUGAUUCUUUUAACUUGAUGUUACAGUAAGUUAUUCAAUAUUCUACAAUUAAGACAUGCAAGUAAUAUUUUAAUUAAGAUUAAUACAACUAAAUGUGUUUUGUUGAACAUAUAACUGGACAAUUAUUUUAAGCACUUUGCUAUACUGUACACAUUUCAUUUUGGCAGCACAGUAAUUGCAGGGAAUAAAAGGUAUAGUUCACCCAAAAAUGAAAAUUCUAUCAUUUACUCACCCUCAUGCCAUUCCAGAUGUGUAUGACUUUCUUUCUUCAGUAGAACAUAAAUUAAGAUUUUUAGAAGAAUAUCUCAGCUCUGUACAAUGCAAGUGAAUGGUGAUCAGACCUUUGUAGCUGCAAAAAUCACAUAAAGGAAACAAAAAGUAAUCUAAAUAACUCCAGUGUUUAAAUCCAUUUCUUCAGAAGCAAUUUAAUAGGUGUGGGUGUGAAACAGAACAGAAGAUUUAAGUCAUUUUUUCCCCUCUAAAUCUCCACUUUAACUUUAACUUUCAGAUGUGAAAGUGAAACUAAACAGGGACCACGUGUGACUUUCAGAUGUAAAAGUGAAAGUGGAAGUGGAGAUUUAGAGUAAAAAAAAAAAGUUAUUAUUAUUAUUUGUUUCUCACCCACACCUAUCAUAUCGCUUCUGAAGACGUAUUUAACCACUGGAGUCUUAUGAAUUACCUCUAUGUUUCCUUUAUGUGAUUUUUGGAGUUACAAAGGUCUGAUCACCAUUUACUUGCAUUGUAUGGACCUACUUAGAUAUUCUCCUAAAAUCUUUGUUUGUGUUCUGCUGAAGAAAGAAAUGCAUACAGAUCUGGGAUGGCAUUAUGAGGGUGAGUAAAUGAUGAGUUAAUUUUUUGGUGAACUAUCAUUUUUGGGUGAACUAUCCCUUUAAGUGCCAUGCUCAAGGGAAUAGUAAUAAUUUAGUUCACCACUACCUGGCUGAUAUCAAACCAAAACCUUUGUGUUAGCAGCUUCAAUUCUUAUUCAUUUGGCUGCUUCCGAUUUACAAUGUUGAAUACAUUAUGUUAAACUUGUUCAUGUCUCCUACUUUUUCAAUAUUAAUUUAAAUGUAAAUAUUAAUUUAAACAUUUAUUUGGAUAAGCAUUGUGUUUCAUAAUAAACUGACU